AUGGCUGGGUGUUGGGUGUUUGGUUAUUAUUGUGCAAUAGCAAGCUUGGUGGUAGCAGCGAGUUCAGUCUGUGCACAGCCAAAGCGGGCUUUCUUUGUAUUUGGGGACUCCCUGGUAGAUAGCGGCAACAAUGAUUACCUGGCGACCACUGCACGCGCAGACGCUCCCCCCUACGGCAUUGACUACCCAACUCGCAGACCCACUGGCCGUUUCUCUAAUGGCCUUAACAUCCCCGACUUAAUCAGUGAGCAGCUUGGCUUAGAGCCCACUCUCCCAUAUUUGAACCCUCAACUAACUGGAGAGAAGCUGCUGGUUGGCGCGAAUUUUGCGUCCGCCGGCAUCGGGAUUCUCAAUGACACCGGAUUUCAGUUUCUGCAUAUCAUCCACAUCUACAAGCAGCUGAAGCUUUUUGAACAUUACCAGCAAAGGCUGGGCGCACAUCUUGGCGCAGAAGGAGCCCGUCGACUAGUAAACGGAGCACUCGUGCUUAUCACUCUCGGCGGCAACGAUUUCGUCAACAAUUACUAUUUGGUUCCCUACUCUGCAAGAUCUCGCCAAUUUUCUCUCCCAGAUUACGUUCGCUAUCUCGUUUCUGAGUACCGCAAAAUUCUCAGGGCAGAGACUAUACGAUUGGGAGGAAGGAGGGUGAUCGUAACGGGAACGGGACCGAUGGGAUGCGUUCCUGCAGAAUUAGCCUUGAGGGGCAGAAAUGGGGACUGCGCCGAGGAACUCCAGAGAGCGGCGUCGUUAUUUAAUCCCCAGCUGGUUGACAUGAUCUCGGGCCUCAACCAGGAGGUUGGUGCUGACGUCUUCGUGGCGGCAAAUGCCUAUCAAAUGCACAUGGACUUCAUUACCAAUCCUCAAGCUUAUGGAUUCGUAACGUCCAAGAUAGCGUGCUGUGGCCAGGGCCCAUACAAUGGGGUUGGACUGUGCACACCGCUUUCAAACCUGUGCCCCGACAGAGACCUCUACGCCUUUUGGGACUCCUUCCAUCCAUCGGAGAAAGCCAGCAGAAUUAUAGUCCGCCAGAUUCUCGCAGGCUCCACUCAGUACAUGCACCCCAUGAAUCUCAGCACCAUCAUGGCCCUCGAUUCCAGGACCUGAAUUAUUCCUUAUUUUCUGCCCUGUUUUUAUUUACGCCUCGCUACGUACGUUUCUCCGCAUAAUUC